AGUUUGAUCUUAUUGAAGGAGAGGAAAAGCCACGGGGAACAAGUGUGUAGUUUUGCGCUCACGUACGGGGCACAUUCUUGUGGCAUUUUCUCGACACUUAUACUGUAGACGGGCACUGCAGGAGCAUUGACGGAUUAACUGGGGGGAUUCAGACUAGAAUCCUGCUCCCCAUCUCCAGCCAUGGAACAGACAUUCCCGGAAGUUUGCCACAGGUCGAAGGUUACCUUAAUAUCAGUUUUAGAUAUGAUACUGUAAUUGAAACACGCGUAGUGUAUUUACACUUGGUGUCUUGUUUUAUCACUGAUUGGCUCAGCGUAAUGAUGUGUGCAGCUUUCACCAACAACUUCUGUCAAGUUGUUUAAGUCGGGGAGGUGUGCAGCUUCACCACCAACUUCUGUCAAGUUGUCGAAGUCGGGGAUCUGUCAAGUUGUCUAAGUCUGGGAGCGUGUGCAGUUUUAAUACUUUCGUAAGGAUGGAGCGGAGAAGAUACUGGAGAAACAGAGAUGACAUCUAUGAUGAUGGCAGCAACAUCAGAAAUGCCACAGCUGUCAGUCGUAUGAGGUCACUGUUUGAGGCUCCAGCAGCUGACACCAGACCAUUAAAAACAGUACCUAAACAAAUCAUGCGACCCAUCCCAGGGGCUGUGAAUCGUGUGCCAUCACCCUUAGUCCCAAAGGAAGAUAAAGCUGAGGAUGCUGGGAAAACAGCUAAUGGGAUGGCAGACGAAAGUGAAAAACCAACAGACAAAACAUCCGAGCUUUCGACUUGGAAGAACAGAGUGGAAAUGUUUAACAAACAGCAGGUUCCAAGUGUACCUGUUAAGCCAGUAAAGACUGUACCAGAAAAAUCAAGUCCAGAUGAAAAAAAGGAUGAAAAUUCAAACACUGUGUCCAACAAUUCAGGAAAAAGGUCAAGUAAAUUGAACAUUCCAGCAGCAUUCUCUGGAGCCAAUAGCACACCACCGCCUGUAACACCCAAAAAACCUCUGGUCUUCACUAAACCUGCUGAGAAAAGUGAAACAAAACCUGGAGACCAGUCAUCUCCAGUAAAACCUAAACCUAUUGUACCAAGCAGGGGGAAAAAUCCUGCAGUGGGAUCAUCUAAUAUACACGAGGAACUACAAAGAAAAUUCAGUGGAAAGGAAGAUGAUAUUAAACCAAAUAAGACAGUUAUUGGACAAAAAGACCCAGUGAGACCUGGAAAACUAAACAUGGCCAGUGUAUUAGCAUUACAGGAAAAAAUCAGUGGGUCAGGUACCAGUGAAGAAUCUAAUGAUAAGGUUCAAAUGAGGAGAAAGUCUGGGUCCAAAUUUCCAAACCGGAGGUCAGUAAAACGAAAGUCUUUGACUAGAACUAAUGAUGGUUCUAAAUUUUAUCUUGUUGAAGUGUCGAUAGAUGAUAAUACAGAAAAGAACAAUGACAAGGAACCAGAUAUUCCUCCCCCUCUGGUGUACUCCGACCUCCAGAGGUUACAGGAGAUUAUACAGGAAUACAAGUCUGCACUCAGGGAAUUAGAGGGCUAUCCUACAGAUGAUAAUGGGAUAAUUGAAGAGAUUGAGGAUGUAUAUGAAGCCAUUCCAGCUGACAUGGAUGAACCACCUUCUCUGCCAAGUCAUAAAAAAUUGUCCAGGGCAGUCUCCUUGAUUAAGCCGAUGUCUGAGAAUGACGAGUAUGAUAGUGAUGAACAGGACACCUAUGACGACACAGUUAAUUACAUUCACAAAGACCUCUCCUCCAAUUCACUCCCUGCUCCACCUGACUUAGACCUUCCGGCUCCCCCUGAUGAACUUCUGAGACCCCCUGUACCUGAAGGGCCCAUUCCAUCUCGUAGAAAGCCCUCCUUUCCUGUGCCACCUGAGAGGCCUGCUGACACCACAACGCCACUUGUUCCUCAGGCAGAUGACUGGCCGGAUGAUGUGUACGAUGACUGUUCUACCGAACAAAGUCAGGAUCAAAGUACUGCUGAAGCCGAGCUGGAACAGGAUGAUGUAUAUGAAGCCAUACCUGGAGAAGGAGAAAAUCCUCCACCUCCUCCAACACCUGAAAGGCAAGAGGAAAAAAAGGAAGAGAAAAAGGAUGAGAAGCUUUCGGCAAAGGAGAAAAAGAAAAGGGAUAAGGAAGAAGCAGAGAAAAUGAAAGUUGAAAAGAGGAAACAAGAAGCAGAGAAGAAAAGACAGGAAAAAGAAUUAAAGGAAAUUAAGAAGAACUUCAAGAUUGAUGCCUCUCUAUUAGACAAGUCUCAGGGGGAGGGGAUGCUGAAGGAAGAUGCUGUACCCUCGGGAGGUAAAACUGCAAAGUUGGAAUUAACAGCCAAGAAGGGGGCAUUCCUCAAAGUGAUCCGUUUAGUGGACAACCCCCCUGGAAAGUGGCUCGUCCGACUGACAGAGGAUGAGAAGUCUGACAAGCCUGUCUACCUGCCACAAAUAGUGGGCUACGUGGAUGCCAACAUAGUUGAGGUAGACAAUCAGCUGAUUCGCAAUGUCAUGACGGGAUCCUUAGUUAAUACAUUAAACAACGUCGGUGAUGGAGAAGAAUACCAGGAUGUAGAAUGUGGAGGACCUCCUGUUGAGGACGAAUUGUAUGAAGCUAUGUAACAUUCCAAGUCUCCUUUCACCAUUAAUGAAUCCACAAUCUAAUUUUGACCAUAUUGGACCUGACGUUGACCUGAAAUACCAGAUCUUGAUGCCAGGGCAAAGCCAGAUCUGAAGUGCCUGACCUUGAUAUCAAAUGUUUGACCUUGCCUAGAAGUGCCUGACCUUGAUAUCAAAUGUUUGACCUUGCCUAGAGGUGCCUGAACUUGAUAUCAAAUGUUUGACCUUGACUGGAAGUGCCUGACCUUGAUAUCAAAUGUUUGAUCUUGCCUAGAAGUGCCUGACCUUGAUAUCAAAUGUUUGAUCUUGCCUAGAAGUGCCUGACCUUGAUAUCAAAUGUUGGACCUUGAUACCAAAUGUUUAACCUUGACUGGAAGUGCCUAUAGUGAAAAGAAGUUCCUAACCAUAACUGGAAUUACUCAAACUUUUUUUCAUAGUGCUUUUAUAACUUUGAUAUGAUCAAAUGCUUAUCUUUGCCCUCAGUGUACAUGAGCUUAAACCAGCUGUUUGAGAUUUUCAUAAAGGACACGUGUCUCACACAUCAUUUACCUAUCACAGACGUAUAUAUAGUUAUCCUGUUUACAUUUCCUGUGUAUUGCCCACUCUGUUAGAAUGGCCACACAAGUCGAAAUAAUAGUUUUAUGAAUUAAUGCUUGCAGAUAGCCCGCUCCAUUGCACUUCCUGUGAGUUAUCUCCGUGUAGAAUACAAGUUCUCAUCUGGGGAAUCCCUUAAGCUUGCUGUAUGUGUUUUAGCUCUCACGGUUCACCUACAUUGCCUUUACCAUGGCAACAGUGUUAAUCAACAUAUUUCUAUAUACUUGUGAGUUGUUUUUUACUUGAUAUUUCCAUUUACAGGAAAAUAUACCAUUAUAUAUUUUUACAUGAACAGCAAUAUCAACAUCUGAUAGAACACCAAGGAAACACAAAAAUUUAACUUAGAUUUAGUAUUGUAUAGUCCACAGUUUUUAUGUUUUUUUUGAAAACAUUUUGUCAGAUAGUCACUUCAUUAGAAACAUGGCAGAAGGCAAUAUUUAAUAUUUCAAAAUAUAGAGCGCACGGGCAAUACACAGGAAUUAAGGUAUGUUACUCGCCUAGAGUUUAGGUAAAUGAUUGAGUUGUUACUGACCUGGAAGUUACCAGAAAAGUAGCUUUGUAUUGACUAAUAUGAUAUAAUAGAUACAGGCAUGGCUGUGUUAGUGUUUACUGUUAUAAUGUAGCUAGAUCAUAAUGUUUGUAGUAAUGAAGUAUGUACGCUUUUUACCAAUUCUUGUUAGUUUAGCUCACUUCAUUGUUAUUUUAUCCACCAUUUUGCCAUGGUUUAAAUUUUGUAUUUGAUAUCUACCACAGGGACUUGACAAAAUUCCUAACAUAUGGUCAACAUAAAUAAUAUGUACUAUAUAUAUGGACCAUGGAUUUGUGCCAAGUCCCUGUGAUAUACACAAUGUAAUACUUUUAUAAAAUACACAUUCCACUGA